AUGGAUACAAUCUCUGAAGUUUACAUUGUUGAUCCAUUAUCCACAUAUCCUCAAGAAAUUAAAUAUAUGAGAUCUUUAUUUAAAAAAGCCAUUGAGGAUUUGAGUAUUCAUUUCUCUGAAUACAAAAAUUCUCCUAGCAUUACUCUGGCAUUUCCAAUAAUUAUUGAAAGUAAUGAAGAUGAUGAAAGUAAAAAAGAGGAUAAAAAAAUAAUAGAUUUUUCAAGUUAUUGUAAAAAUUAA